CGUGGCUUGUGACAUCACGUCGGCAGGCCCGCGCGUAGCCGUUACCGGUGUAGAGAAGAUGGUGCUCAUCAAGGAAUAUCGUGUGGUCUUGCCAUGCUCGGUGGAAGAGUAUCAAGUUGGGCAGCUUUUCUCUGUGGCUGAGGCCAGUAAAAACGAGACGGGUGGUGGAGAGGGCAUUGAAGUGCUGAAGAACGAACCGUAUGAGAAGGAGGGCGAGAAGGGACAAUACACACACAAAAUCUACCACUUAAAGAGUAAAGUGCCGGGCUUUGUGAAGAUGAUUGCACCAGAGGGGGCAUUAGUUUUCCACGAAAAAGCCUGGAAUGCUUAUCCAUACUGUCGUACGAUUGUGACUAAUGAAUACAUGAAAGAUGACUUCAUGAUUAAAAUUGAAACGUGGCACAAACCUGACACAGGCUCUUUAGAGAAUGUACAUGAUCUGGAUCCCACCACAUGGAAGACAGUGGAGGUUGUGCAUAUCGAUAUAGCCGAUCGGUCUCAGGUCGAACCUGGAGACUAUAAACUGGCAGAGGACCCAGCAAUCUUUCACUCAGAGAAAACUGGCCGGGGACCUUUAGGGCCAGACUGGAAGAAAGAGCUCUUGGCUAAGACGGACACCCCUCGUAUGUGUGCAUACAAACUAGUCACCGUCAAGUUCAAGUGGUGGGGCCUUCAAACUAAAAUAGAAAACUUCAUCCACAAGCAAGAGAAGAGAAUCUUCACCAACUUCCACCGUCAGCUCUUCUGUUGGAUUGACAGCUGGGUGGAGCUCACCAUGGAGGACAUCCGCCGGAUGGAGGAGGAGACGCAGCGACAGCUGGAGGAGCUUCGUAAUACUGGUCAGGUUCGAGGCACCAGUGCUGCUCACGAACAAUAAGGCUGAACUUCAAGAAUCCAACCACGACGACACUUGACGAAAGACAUCACCGCAUCCAACCAAACCGGCCAGUGGUGGCGCCGUCCUCCUGCACCAGACCGCAGAAUGACACCGUGAUCAGUAGUACUGUUCUCACACACCUGCCGACAAGGUGGACAUACUUUCACGCUCAACCUGUUUUUAGAUUCAGGCAGGUUGAUCCAGUGAAUUUCCCACUUUUAAAAAAAUCUGAGUUUUACUGUAUUGGUUGUGUUAUUCGAUUUCAGAAACAAAACGACUUUAUUUUGGCAGGCAUUGGACCAAUUCUUUGUGUUUUAGUUUGGUUUUAUCUGUUUGUAAUGGUUCAGAUCUUUAUUUUCUUGUUUGUGUUUAGUCUCCCCCCCCAUAUCCCCCCCCCAGAAUCACUUCUUUUGGUUCUUUUAAAUUCCUAAUCAUGUUUUUAAUUAGUAGAUUUUCAUUUCGCAUCGGCGUAGUCCUGCCUACCAUGUCUAGUUUUUCUAGGUAAAAUGUGUGAUGCUAUUGCACGGCAUGCACAUUUGUGCAAAAACACACGUCCACCUCGCGAAACCUUUUCCACGAGUGGCUUUUGCAUGAGCUCAAGCAUCUAAUCGGCUGUUUUUGAGAGGGUCUUCAUGUUCUCAAGACACUUUGCGUGAUGUAACCCCUCAGGACUCUUCAGGUUCUCCUCACCAAAAUCCAAUCUAGUUACUGGAGCAAAUCGCCGCUGCCACUGCUGCUUUUUCUUACUUGCUUUAGGACAGUCAAAGUGCUUUUAUAUCGCUAACCUACCUGUAAUGCCCUCAGGGUUCCCACAGUCUUGGAAAAUCCUGGAGAUGUCAGGGAAAAAUUGUGAUUUCCAGGCCUGCA